CGUCGAUUCAUCCUGGCGAUCGGCACCGUGAGAAAUGGGAGUCUGAGUGGUAUAUCCGUUCUCACGGUUUCCAGUCACAGUUAGCAUGAUGCUCUAUGAUCUGCUUGAAAACUUGCUAUGAUCAAACGUUGUGCCAAAUGACCCGAAGAAAUCUCAUUUUUCCUCUUGCUGUUGCUUCUAACCUUAAGCUUAUUAACCAGCACUUAUCCACUGACUUGCUAACGACCUUUUUUGGUUCCACCAGUUCAAUCAUCGUGAUUAUUGUGUCUUUCGCAUCAAUGUUACACCUCAUGCGAGCGUUACCUGAAAGAGGCCUCACGGAGUUGGUUGAUUUUAUCGAAAAAUGUAAUUUACAUACAUUUUAUUUCUCCGAACUUCUAUGUUCACGACGUCGGCAUUCUCUUCAAGCAACAUGUCGAUCACAAAAGAUCUCGUGCAGGAGGCGCUUUUGCAAUCCAGCAAGCGCGACCAAUUUCGAGAUGAAGAGCAUGGCUACAUUAGGCUCUUCUCUGACCAAAGUGACGCUGUUGCUUUUGGCAGUACGGCUCGCGCUGGUUCCCUACGUCGCGCCGGUCUACGGUCUAUACAACCCUCAUGGCGGAGGUCCCUCCGUGAGCUACGACUACGCAUUGCACUUCAUGGAUGUAGAUUUCGUGGUGGUCGGCUUUCCCCAGAGCGGCACGUCAUCUCUCGUCCAUUAUCUCCAGCAACAUCCCGAUAUCUACAUGAGUCCCGAGAUGGAAGACAAUGUUUUUUGGCGAGGGAACUUCACCGAGAUGGCUUUUCGUCGUUGGCGGCGACGUUAUCCCCAUCGCGGCGACACUGUGCUAAAGGAGCGCUCGUCCGCGACAGCCGCAGGAGAGGCCAAAAGAAAACGAGAAUCAGGAGGUGCAUUGAAAGCUGAACAAGUCACAACUUAUGGUGCAGGCGCAGGCGAAGUGUAUGUGCAACAUAUAAAAGACGAAUACGCGCAUUUAGGCGGCCAUGGAGAAACGUAUCUAUCACCACUGGAAGCCGAGAGCCAAAGUGGGUUGCCAACCGACGAUCGGUCAGAAGAUUACCAAACGCAAGAACCCGACGACGAAGAAGCAGCUUUUCUCGCAGCUGGUUCAGCAACACAGAUAGCCGCUGAUGUGAAGAUGCCAGUGAAUGGUACAAACAGCAGCAGAAAGAAGGUCGUGCGCUACCUUGGAGUCAAAGACCCCCUGCUCGGGUUUACGCCAGAAGCCAUGGACCUGCUUGGCCAGCGACUGCAGCGAGGAGCGAAGCUGAUAUUUAUGCUGCGCGAUCCCCUCGAAAUGCUUGUUUCGUGGUUGCAGAGUGUAUGACAGACUUCAAUAUUUUCCUCAAAGCGUACAAAAAAACAUCAAGUACUUAAAUAGAAGUAUCCAUAGUCUGCAAACAAAAACUUAAGAAGAUUCGGCGACCUGCUUUCCUGCGGAUACUACUCCCUCUUUCAUUCUAUGGAGCUUCUUGGCAUACACCUUGGGACACUGUACUGCAUCUGGGCGCCGGCUUCUACAAGGAACACAUCAAGAUCGCAACCGAGUUUUUCAAGCAGUCACAAGGACCGAAGCCAGAUCAUGGCAAUGUUGAUACCUCGGGUUCCCAAGAAUCCGAAAGUGACACAUCAGUCCAAAGUUCCUUUGAAGAGGAGAAUGAUCCCUACGCCGACCUCAACAAGAAUAUCAUGUACGUGCCGACGUACCAGCUGUUGAAAAAUACGCAAGAGACGCUGAGCAAAAUAAUCGCUUUUAUCAAAGGCGAAGCAGACAAUUUUGAAUUCGACACGUCCAAACGCCUUCAUGUCAAUCGGAACCAUCAGCAGCGUCAAGAUAAAGGCGUUCGCCAUCGUCCCAAUCCGUACUUCUUUUUUCCCCAUGAACUAGACGUUUGCGGCCUCCACAUGUUUCCUUUUUUGCAGGCCACGUUUGAAGGUCAGCAGGAAAUUGCGAAGCGAUUGAUCGAUGAUCAGGCCCGCUUUCAUGGCUUCACGUUUGCGGAGCCGUACUUUGCUCCGAGCGACGGCAUUCCCUCGCAGUGCAGGAACUAUCAGAGGAGGGCUCUGUCCACCAGGUACAAGAAUUCAUAAUUUCCAUUGUAGAUGAAACUUGAAACUACUGCUUGUUUAUAUUACUUAGCCGUAGUUAUUUGUCCAACUCAAACUCAAUGUCAAUCCCAUAGAUAUAGAAAUAGUCAUUUCCUCAAAAACUGCCAGGAAAGACCACAAGCAAGCGCGUUACAGAAAGAUGAGCAGUUCUUCAUCCAGUGUCCACAAGAGACAGACCAGAGGAGGACCAAAGCUGCGAUCAUACACCCCUCUGCGCUACGCUUUACCUCAGUGCCUCCCCGCGCUUGCAAACGUUGCGAUCGAGCCUCUUCAAGAUCUCGUCCUGCGCCAUCGUGAUGAGAAUACAUUAAGGCACAAUGCUGAUGAUGAGAACAAGUCCACCUUUGCGGGAGAAGUGCCCUUUCUCUACGACCAAGUGCCAGCAGAUCGACGGCCUGACGUGUGUAACUCCCUUCCACAAGUGCGUGACUACGUCCCAGAUGCUAUUUUAUCACGAUUGACGUGCGAUCUUUCCGAACUUGCUGGUGGAUCUCAUACUACAGGUACUACGGGAGCGAGUGCUUCACACGACUCGAGUUCAUCUAUAGCUAGUAUGCCUGAGGAGGAGUCGACCUGUUUACGAUGCUGCAUUCGAUUCGACGGCGCUUGUUGGGAAUCAAUAAGCGUACCCAAACUGCCAAAGUGUUGCAUCAAAAAAUUGUCGACAUAUUUGUCCGUGGUAUCCUACCUUCUCCGUAUGGAGGUCUGCAAACAAGACAUGGGUUGCUCUGGCAGGAGAAACAAUUUUAUCACAUUCGAAAAUCUACAAUGAUUUUCAAGGGAACCUCGACUGGGUCAAUGUGGAACUGGACGCGAAAUCAACACACUCUCGUCAAAAGUC